CAAAUUGUAAAUCUUUGAAAUUGGAGCGGAAUGCCAGAACGGGGUCAGCAAGCAGGUGGCAGCUGCCGAGCUCCUUCGUUCUGAUAAUAGCAUUCUCAUCACAUUGGCCCAUCGCCAUCAGGAGCUGAAUGAAAGGCAUCUCUUCUUUUGGCACUCCGUGUCGGCUAUCGCAGAGAAGGGGCUCUCGCAGCGAUCUCGUUGACCUCUCCAAGAAUCCGCCCCAACCUUGCAAAUCAAUUCUUCCUUGUACGAUUGCAGAGACUUUUUUGCAGCUGAGCGAUUUUGUGACUUCACUGGCUUCCCUAGAUUGGUUCUUGUCAAGAAGGAAGCAGUAUGUUUCGGUCAUCUGUGAGCUGGUCAAGGGGUCCCCCACCUCAUGCAGUGCUCAGCAAGUAAUGUAGGACCAUCGUGCUGACCCAGACUCCAUAGCUACUUCCUUGAAAGAUCAAAGCUCACAACAACGGAAGGGCUGCUCAACAGAAGGCAAGGGCCGGCCAACCACUGCCAUGGACAUACGGAUGGCCCUCCCUUUCAGCCAGACUCGGGAGCCUUCCCACCCACUCGACUACACAAGCAUCGACCUCCACGCCCUUGUACAAGAGUCUCAGCAGCAGGAGAGGGCUGCCAAUCAGUCUCAAAUGAGCAGAGAGCCAAGGGAAGCUCCCAUGAGAGGGGAAGCCCCUGUGGGAGGGGGAGCGCCUAUGGCAAGAGUUGACAGCAUCCGAAGCUCCCACAGCGAAGCACGACACUCAGAGCAUGAGUAUCUGAGCGACCAUGAUGGGGAGGUCGAUGAUACGUGGCUGCUGCGGAGCAAGCGGCCGUGGUGGCGGAGUACCUGGAGGUGGGUGCAGAUUGCUACUCUCCUGGGGCUGGUGGUUGCGCUGGGCAUCGCAGUCUCGUGGCUGGGUCCCAUAGUGAUUGACAAGGCUGUCAUCCCCGCGCUCGAAUGGGCGGACACCACCCUGAGCAAGCCGCUCCUGAUCUUUGUCAUAGUCAUCUCCCUCGCCGUCUUUCCGAUCUUCCUCGUCCCGUCGAGCCCCCUCAUCUGGCUAGCUGGCAUCUCGUUUGGGUACGCUUGGGGUUACGUCCUGACGUUAUUUGGCAUGGCGCUGGGAAUGUCCGCAACCUACUUCAUCGGGCGGCGAUUACUGCACGACCGGGUGCAAACGUGGAUCAACUCGAAGCCGAGAUACGUGGCGCUGCUGCGGGCGGCAAACCAGAGCGGUUUCUGGGGCCAGUUCCGCGUCGCUGCGCUUUUCCGGCUGUCGCCCUUUCCGCCUUACCCCAUCUUCAACUACGCGGUCACGAUGACCAAGAUCCAGUACCUGCCCUACAUCACCGGCUCCCUCACAGGCAUCUUUCCAGAGAUUUUCGUGGCGCUGUACAGCGGCAUUCUUUUGCGGGACAUAGCAGACUACCACCGAGGGAAGCACAAGAUCACCUGGGUCGAGAUUACCUUCGACGUCGUGGGUAUUGUCGUGGCAAUAGCUCUCGUAAUCGGGGGGGCUGUUUACGGGAGGCGCGUUCUCGCGGAGGCUGAAAACUCAGAAGAGCUCGACGGCAACCCGGUAGGGGAGGCGUUGCCAAACGUCGUUGGAUCUCCUGUACAUAGUAUGAACAGACGGGCCUCCCAGUCCCUCUCUUUUGGAUCCGGGGAUGAGGAGAGCGAAGGGCACCAGCUUCUUUGCAGCGAAGGUCCGACGUUAGUAUCUGCCGCAAGCAAACCUGAAGGCUCUACUAUGUUAACUGGCUCGCAAUUGGAUGCUGAACGAGAUACUACGUGAUUUUAAUGCACGCAUACUAUGGAGAGGUUGUUGAUGGGAAA